GGGGAGAAUUGGCUUUGUGGAUGUUUAAUUGCAAUACAAUAACCAUCACCUGUAUGUCAUUUGCCUCCAGCAGAAUUUUUGUUCCUUUACAAGAAUCAAAAGUAUUACCAAUAGCUAAUGAAAAUAAUUUAUUGCCAUAUUGUACUAUCAAGUUAUCAAUAAUGGUUGUUGUAAUCAUAUGAUCUUUGACAUCAACUUUCCUUAUCUUGAUAAGGAGAUCAGAAGGUAAUGGGCACUCAGUGGAAUUUCUUUUUGAUUGAUAAUUCUAAAGUGUGACCUCAAAAAUGAGUGUGUACACGGAAGCAUGUUAGUAUUUUAAUUUAUUGAAAAUAUAGUGCAUGACAUCACUCUGAAAAAAAAAAUUAAAAAUCCAUAAAAAAAGGUGAUCAAUCAGUUUGAUGUUUCAUCAAUUUAUCUGUUCACCUUCAAGAGGAGUGUAAAUAAAUGUAUUCAAAAUCAAACAAUGGAACCCAACCAAUACUGUAAUGAAGCACUGGUUUAUUAUUUUCACAAUUCAACAUAGCACAGUAAUCUUAAUGGAGUUAGGCUGACUAUUUGUAAGCACAGUGAGAGAGGUGUCUAAACCGGUGGUUUUCUGAAGCCUGACAGCUUGGACAAGACGUUCAAAGUCGUACCACUGUAACACGAGCCGCACGUACCAGGCGACAACCGGUGCCGAUUGUCGUUGGCAAUGCGAGGCCGUGUUAGUUGCCUUCAGGUAUGAAUUAUAGAUGUCUGAACAUUGACUGAGAAAGAUUCUCAAUGUUGCAGUUUUAUAUACCAUGGAAAAAAACCAGACUACUUCCAAUAUACUGCUUUUGAAUAUAGAAUCAGAACCUGCCAUGAUGAUGUAUAGAUAUUGAUGAGUAGAUGGAUGUAAAACAGAGAAAUAUGACCUUAUAUAAUAGAGUAAUUAACAGUUAGUACACAUGUAAAGGCUGACAACCUUUUGUUUAUUUUACGUCUGUUAAAUGACACCAUGCACGCUUCAUUAAGUCAUAAGUAAAUAGUAGCUGAGUGGUGGAUAUACAAUAAUGAGAAGACAUUGUACCCUAGGGCCACGGUUAGGGUCAAUGGUAACUUGUUCCGCCUUCUUACACACCUGAUGAUUUGUCCCACUUCAGGGUACGCUCAUAGAAAGCACUCUGGGCACUAAAAGUCCUCCGCGAUCACACACCAUCGUGAAUGAUUUUUAAUCAGGGUGAUUUGUUCGGGCAUACAGUGAAAAGCCUAAUCUGCUGUGCAUCAGUUGCUGGAGGAGAAAAAAGGUUGUUGACAAACCUGAUUCCAGCAAAUUAACCGUCCAAAAUUUGUGUGUGUGUAUACAUUAAGAAAGUGAAUGUAAAAACAGGAUAUAGAUAUAUGUACUAAAUAUUGUCAAAUGAUAAGAACUUGGAAUUCCAUUAAAAAGAGUAAUCCAAAUUCAGUGGAGUGGAAAAUCAGAGUUCUUGCUUUAUGUAUUCUGUUAUUCAAAUAAAUCCACUACAAAUGGGCUUAAAAGUGAUUGAAAAAAAUGCUUAAUGUGUAAUGAAAGCAUUUCCUUAAAUUUUGAUUACUCUCUGAGUAUAUACAGUUGUUGAUAUUUUCUGCGUUCUCUGUGAUUAUUCUCUCAGUUGUGAGUGACAUGUGAAAAAAACUGCAUUGUUUUGGACAAAUAUACAUGGAAUAUUGGUAGCCAGAAUGACCCAGCUUUGACAUGUACAGGUGCCUCCCUGAGGAAGCCAUUCCCGCCAUAGCGUACCCCAACAACGGGCGACCCGUCCACCCCCAGAACCUCCCAAGUCUUCCCCCGCAGCAACUGGACGAGUGCUACAAGUUCAACCACCUGGCAAACCCCCAUGCCCCCCUCACCUCCACCCCGCCCCACACCCAGACACAAAGCCCAAUGAACGGACUGUACAGCUGCACAGGGAUUAGCAAUUCCAUCAACGGCAUUCAACAAGGUUAUGAUAACCGGCUUAUGAACCCCACUCUCCCAGACAGCCCACCAGAAUCUGAACCAUAUUCCCCUCCAGAUGGUCACCACAGCAACCACACAAUGAAUGGUAGUAACCACAUCAUCUGCACUACACAAGAAAGCAAGUACGGGCUGAGCACACCUGUGACAUCAAUGCAUCAACACAGCAUGUAUCCACACCACCCGCGACCCCCAGGGAUGCCCCCAACUGGACCAAAGUCGAUGCCACCCGGGUAUAACGAACCUCCAACCUUGAACCAUCUUUCAGCAACACAUCCCCCUCCCCCCCAGACCUCCUCUACACUACCUCUCCCCACCUCCCAGAUGAACUCCCAGCUUCCUCUGUCACCAAACCAUCUCAGCCCCAAUGCUUGCAACAUGAGUCACAAGAAGAGGAAGUAUCAGGAGCAGACUUCCCAUAGUGCACUUGUAACCAAUGCUCUUCUCAAUGGCCGAGCAAGUGUGCUCAACAUAAAGCAAGAACCUAGUGUGCCGAGUUAUGGAAGUUAUAACUUAGGUGUAGACUGUGAUGACGAGUUUGGAUAUGACCAGGACAGCACAAACGGAACCACUGGGUACAUGGACAGUACAUACCAGGUCAUCAAGUGGUCCUCGUACAACCAGCGGGACUGGGCCACACUGAAAAAUGAAAAUCUCAAAGAUCUACCACAACCAAACUUCCGUGUAGAUGCAGACAAAGGAUUCAACUUUUCGCAGCCUGACGAUUCAUUUGUCUGUCAGAAAAAGAACCACUUUCAGGUUACAGUCCACAUGCAGGUGUCGGGUGAUGCUCGUUAUGUCACCACCCCAGAGGGAGUCAAGAAAAUUGAUGCCUUCUAUCUCCAUUUUAAUGGCAUCAAGAUGGAGUCUCCCACCCAGACAAUAAAAGUCGAACAGUCACAGUCUGACCGCAGCAAAAAACCCUUCCACCCAGUCAGAUGCAUCAAAUGGUGGCAACAGGGAAAAGAGAUGCAGCGUCAAAUGGUGGCAAAUGGGAAAAAAGGAUAUGUGCAUCUAGGGGGAAUAGAGGUGGAUUUAAUACCAGAACAGACCAACAAAGUAACGGUGGGUAGGCUCCAUUUCAGCGAGACAACAUCCAACAAUAUGCGUAAAAAGGGACGCCCCAAUCCAGACCAGCGAUACUUUAUGCUUGUGGUCUCCUUGUAUGCUUACAGUGGGGAAUACAAAUACAUUGUAGCAGCCAGUGUGUCAGAGAAAAUCAUUGUCAGGUCCUACAACUUUGAGUACAAGGGAUACCUUGAUCGGGCAUCGAACCCAGGUCAGUUUGAUAAUGACAUGGACGUGACCUGGCAGAAGGGUCAGACCCCUGACAGUGUGUACCACAUGGGGAGAGUGGGGGUCAACACUGAGCACCCAGAGGAGGCAUUAACCGUUCACGGCAACAUGAGACUGACUGGUCACCUGCUGCAACCCUCAGAUCUCAGGGCCAAGGAAAAUCUCAAAGAGCUGGACUCAAAAGAGCAGCUGAAAAAAGUGGCAGCGAUGAAGUUGUACAACUACAAAUUUAGCGAUGAUUUCGCUAAUGCCAUGGGAAUCCCCGAGGACAGUCGAGAAGAUACAGGAGUCAUUGCUCAGGAAGUUCGGGAAGUUAUCCCAGAGGCUGUCAAAGAGGCUGGGGACAUCCCUCUAAAGAAUGGGGAAGUCAUCAAGGACUUCCUUGUAGUAAAUAAGGACAAAAUAUACAUGGAAAAUGUCGGAGCUGUGAAAGAACUGUGCAAAGUGACUGGAAAUUUAGAAAUGAGAAUCGAUGAACUGGAAAAAAUGAACCAGAAAAUAUCUAAAUUAAAGCGCUACGACAGUGUGAAGUCCACUGUCAGUACAAAAUCAAACUGUAGUGUUAGUACGAUAGGCUCAUCAUUACCUAAGAAAUCAUCACGACUUUAUAAUAGUCAUACUCAUCACCAACCACCAUCUAAAAGCAGUCAGAAAUACGCCACAUUUAUACAACCACCUAAAAAGGGUUACUGUAGUAACCGAUAUGUCUGCCUGGGAACCAUUAUCAGCAUCGUCAUCGCAUUCUGUUUGGCAUGUCUUAUGAUUUUGUUACUUUUGGAGCAGUCCAAAGAACCAAAACACAAUCCCCAGAGUCAGAAUCUAGAAGGACAGCUAAACCCUGUUCCUACUGACGCUGGGGGACAUCCUUCUGACAUUGGGGCGGGAGGUAGGAGCACGAUGAGGCCAUCAACAUCAUCCAGUAAGACCCAGGCUCCAAACACGGGGUCACCAAUGUGGUCUGCUAUUCCCCCAUAUCCACCUUGUGACCCAACUACUUCACUCUGUGAGAGGCACUGUUGUCCCCCUCCAAUGCCCUUUGAUGAAGAAGUGGCCACAAGUAUGAUGGUGAUAAGUGGCCAGGAGUUUCAGACCUUUACUCCCCCUGCUCCUUCCAACAUACCCAGACCAACAACUGAGAGUACAGAGGUGUUUAUCAAUACAUUAAAUCCUAAGUUUUUCCAGACAUUGAAGCCUAAGACAGAAGGACCACAAGUGAACAUCUUAGGCGACAACAAUGAAUCCAACGCAAUACCAGAAGUCAAACAACAGAAUGGUCCAGGAGAUCCCGACUCCAACACCCUAAAAGUUUACUAUUCCCGGUCUCGUCGUAGCGUCCCACAAGAGGACUUGCAUACAAGGAUUUUCAUCAAAGAAAUCAAUGUGACAAUUGGGGCAGAACACUGCACUCGCUGCAAUCAUUCAAGCAAGGAGUUCCGACUGUUGCUCAGCCAGUACUUCUCUUAUGAUUUGAUCACUUUUCAGUUCCUAACAUCUGAGCAGGCAUCUGCCACGCUGUGUUAUAACCACACAUCAAGGAAUUGUAACCCUAACAUUGCUGGAGAAAUGAUUGCAAGAGUACCAAAUGAGUGGCAAAUUCCCAUUGGAAAGUAUUUCCAGAGUGCUUUUAAAUUUCGAGUGUCUCACAAGGACACUAAACAAAAUAUCUGCAGCAAGCCAGCGAGUGAAAAUGUGGAGUCUUUAGAGUAUGUUGAAUACAUCUUGUACUUUGAUAGAACAUGUGAAAACAUGGAUUAAAAAGAAAAAUUGUGUCAUCUGAGAUUUCCCAUGCAGUACUUCUUGACCUUAUUAUUGUGGCCUUGACCUCAUAGCUUCAUGUCAACCAUUGAUCUCUGUCGUACUGGUGAAUCAUCUAAGAUGUAUCACUUGUUCACGGUUUCAUAUGUGCUUUACAAACCAUUCCUAUUAUGUUGAACACUUUCAUGAUGUCUUGUUAACUUUAUUACAAAUAUAUAUCAUACAUUUAUUUUGUUAUACAUGUUAUUUAUUGUAUAUAUUGAUCCCUUUUCUUCGAUGUAAACUUUAAUUUACUGUAUCAUUUUCUAUGUGUUUGAUCUUUCUCUGUUGGGAAGGUGAAAUAAAUGGCAAUUUAACGAAAGGGAAUUCUCAUUCUGAAGACAUGCAGCAAAUAAUACGCAAAAAGACUGUACGCAGUAUUUUUCUGGCUUAACAUAUCUUUUUGUGCUUUUUGAUUUACACAUACCACUUUUAGAAUGCAAAAAGAAAAGUAUAUGUUUUUUAACGGUAUGUAAAUGAAGUUGGUAUAAAGAUGAAAUCUUUGUAUGACCAUUGUCUCUUUGUAUUUUAUGUAGUGCUACACAUUUUAUCAGUAUUCCAUUAGUCCAUUAACAAAGCAAUAUAUAGAUUUAUUUCUUUGUAGAUUGCAAUGACUUGAGAUUUUCUUUAAGUAUGAGAUUUUAAUUAAAAAAAAUUAAAUCAAAAUUGAUGAUGCAUAUGCUUGCGCUGUGGUGUAAGAUCUGCAUCAAUUUAUUCCAACUUAUAAAUUGAUCUACUGGUUAAACAGUAACUUGAAAAGGAAAUUACCGGAUUUUAAUGAUAUUAGAUAAUGAUACUCCAUUCUCUAUAGAAACAAUUAGCAUAAUUAGAGACAAUAUACUCGUUUUAAUUGUUUAUUGCCAAAGAGAUUUUACAUGUCAAGAACAAUUAAUAAUCCUAAGUAUAUACAUCCCUGGGUCUUCUCUGUGUAUCACGUAUCAUUGAUUAAUCUCCCCUUGUAGAGAUUGAUUAGUUUUUAUACCCUAAAUUCUCUAGAAUGAACUGUAGCUCAAUUUAAGCAUGAAAGAUGCUACUUGUUAUGUAUAAUGUAUUGAAAAUAGUGUUCUUCUUAAUGGAACAGUUUGCAUUCCAAAUGAAUUUUUACUAAUUGACAACUUUUCAUUGAUUGAAGGACUUUAGUUCGUUUGUACAGCCAGUACUCUAUAUGAGAACACAAUAUCUGUGUUAAGUUUGUCAUCAUAUAUCUAAACAGUACAUUCCAGUUGUAUUAAGGUGCCUUGUUACAAUAAAAAUUAUUUACACUAUGCAUGUGAUUCAACUUGUAAAAGAUUUUAUUGUGUCUUUUGUUAAUUUUGCAUAUUUCAUUUGUAUAUAUGUCUUUCAGUCGUCAUAAUUAUCAUCGCCUAUUAUAAAAGAAAUUGUAGAGGACCAGUUUUGUCAAUCGCCAUUUUCAAUUCUUUUAGCAUUUUGCUCCCCUUUAGAGGUAGAUUUAGUAUCGAGAAAUGUACAUUUGAUUAAUAAAAUGUGAAUAUUAAUGUGUUAUGAAUAGGAAUUUUUCAGAUCCACUUUAUUUUUGUAAAUCCUCUAUGUACAAUUUUAACUAUUAGUUUAUGAGUUUGCAAAUGGUGGAAGACAUUUAAAAUGUAUAUUAAUCAAAGUUGUUGUUCUUACAAUUGAUGCACAAAAUUACACUAUUAUGUCUAACUGCUGUUUUUACCGAGUAUUUUAUGUUCUGGAAAAUUUUACACAUGAAAGAUUGAUUUUUACUGUUUUUCAGGAAUGGAUAAUUCAUUAAUGUUCAGGUUUCAUAUUUAAUGUAAAUCAGCCUAUGAAAAAAAAGCAAUAAAGAUCAUAAAAAUAUA